AGAGUGGUUUAUCACGUGAACUGUUUGAGCUGUGGUGUGCUGAUCGUCGCAAUGGCGUGAUCAUUGCAGGUUACUGUGUCGAGGGAACCUUGGCUAAAGUGAGUUAAAGCGUUUGUUCUUUGCGCCGGCAACGCAACGCGUCAAAUUUCAUCGCGUUGGCGGCGCAAGAAAAGAAAUCACACGUGUAUCAUGAUCUUGCGCGGCAACACAAUAGGCAAUUCCAGCUUUUAAUUUAUGCGCGCAGGGGGUGACGGGAAGUAAGGUACCAUGUUGCUGAUCAAAGUUUAGUUUAUAGCCAGGAUAUUUAGUUAUAUAUUUAGUUUAUAGCCUGGAUCAAAGUUUAGUUUAUAGCCAGAAUCAUCUAUUUUAUGUGUAAUAAUAAAUUUUUACUUUAGACUCUAAUGACAGAACCAGAAGAAGUUCCAACUAUGUCUGGGCAAAAACUGCCGAGGAAAUGUUCUGUGGGUAAGUGUGACGAGCGCUUGUCCAAUUCAUCCUUGAUUAGUAUAGGUAAUAGCAUUGGUUACUUACGGCGCCUGGGAAGAUUAUCUCAAUUUGGAUGACAGGCCUCCGUGCUUAAAUAAAGUUCACUCUGCAAGGCCAAAAAAAUAUGUGGGUUUCCGGUUUCUUCUUAUAAAAACUUAGAUAGAGUGGGUCGAUUUUAACUUUUUUUUUAAUUUUUUUUUUUUAAUUUUCCUAACAACCGGACGCCAUUUUGUUUAGUCAGUGCUUCCACAUCCACAGAUACAUUUCUUUAACAUUGCCUCAAAUUUCAAUUUUCCACAAACUUUUUUCUCUAAGUGGAAACACUUACAAGCAUGAUCCAAUAAAAAAGUUUAGGGUCGGGAUUUCGACGUCCAAAAGCUAGGUAGGGUCGGGAAACCUGAAACCCACAUCUUUUUUUGGCCUAAACUGUUAAACAAAACUUUGUGUUUUUCUUUGUGUUUGGCGAAACCAUACCUGGUUGCCAGAGGUUCUCGUAUCUUUUGCUUUAUUCCCGCUCAUCGCGAAACCACAGCUUCGUUUAGUACACAAAUUUGCUCGCUUGUAACCGGAACAGGCCUCGAAUUUCCCUGAAAUCAAUCGACGGCAAUGGCGUUAAAAAUUGCCGUAGAACGUAACAGCUGUCUACGGCAAUUUUGGCAAUUUCCACGGCAUUUUUUCAAAUUACUGUAAUAAAAAUUCAAUUUUAUUGUUAUUUGGAUUGUAGACAAGCUAGGAAAAUGUUUACGUAUUUCUUUAGUGUUUUUUUUUUCAAAGAAAACUCGGACUAAAAUUGUAGUUUAGGCAUGAUUUGAUUAACAUCUGAAUUCAAGUGUCAAAAUAGUAAUGCACAGUGAAUAGUACAAAAAUUAUACUAUACGGCAAAAAAUUGCCGUCGUUGCCGCAAUGAUCCACGGCAUUUUGUUCUCCCUCUAGGGCAAUUGCCGCUAUAAAAUUUGAGCCCUGAACCGGAAUGAAACGGGAAGCCACUUUGUUUUUGUCCGGAAGUGACUAGUGCAAGGAUGUCCACUUGCCGGGUAUUAUGCUAAUAUCGAAUUAGAUGAUAAUUUCCAUAUCAUGAUUUUUAAAUAACAUUUUGUUUUCAGAUUACAUAUCAUUCUCUGCGCAUACUGAUUACGAACAAACCAGCGAGUUUAUCAGGAUUUUGGAACCACCACAUAUUGUAAGAUUUUUUGCAGAUUAUAUAAAUAUUUAUUCAGGCAUGAAAGUCCAUAUCUCAUGUUUUACGAAUUUGCAUUUCUUUUUCACUUUCAGCAUGGCCUGAUUUUAGAGGGAGGUGGGAACCCCCCCCCCCCCUCUCCUCCAAGAUUGCUUUGCCUUCCCCUAUAAUUUUUCCAUGUCCCUAUAGCACUUCAGUGGCGCAGUCGCCAAGCAAGAGACCUUCACCUCUGAGAUUGUGGGUUCGAUUCUCACUACGGACUCAUGUGAAAAGAGUUGAAGGACAUUGUAGAAGGAAAUUAUCGAGUAGAAAUUUAUAUACAUUUAUUACCAAGAACAGAUGCGAAAAAUGCAACUUUAAAGUCCCUGACAGGAAUCGAACCGCCCUAAGCACCAGAACAUUGAACCAAAAAUAACUGGAACGCUACGUUCAAGCGGAAGUUUGAAGCUAAAUUAUACAAGCUCGUACACAGGCUUGAAAAGGCCCGUUUUAAACUGAAAAGGCCUGUUUCCCUUUCGAUUCGCAUCUUGCCAUGAAAACGUUCAAAACGGCAUGCUUCGAGCGCCCCCUGUAUUGUCUCGCGAGUAAAUCGCGCAGUAGAAACACGCGUGGAAGUGCGUGUCUGGGAGUCAAAACUGGCUUCAUUUGGCUUCAUGGGAGUCAAAUUUUGGCUUCAAAAUUUGCAUUCGCAGUUUACUGAACGUAGCGUUCCAGUUAUUUUUAGUUCAAUGCACCAGAACCGCAGGGCUGCAGGUUGGAUUCCUGUUAGGGACCGUGAAGUUGCAUUUUUCGCAGCUGUUCCUGCUUAGGUCUAAAUAAAUGUAUUUCAAACAUCAUUCAUAAUUCAUAAGCUUAUUGGCAAAUCAUGUCAACCAUAAUAUGUCACGUGAAGAGGCUUUAAACCUGAUAAAACACUCCUUCAUUUGUAUUCUUUAUAUAAGAGUCCAUCCUAUAAUUAUUAUUCUUUGUAUAAGGAAUACUAAUGAGACGGCAUCUAUUCUAGUCGUAUCCAAAACACUUGUAGUCGUAUAAUAGUUUUGUUUGUGGAAACACCACGUAAAAUUAUUACUGCAAAGCUUUCGAUCCGUAAGCCCGGAUCUUCAUCAGUAAAGGUUAGCACUGAUGAAGAUCCGGGCUUACGGAUCGAAAGCUUUGCAGUAAUAAAUUUACGUGGUGUUUCCCACAAACAAAACUAUCAUAUGUAAUCCUAAUGAGUUUAUUGAUUUUCAGGUAUUGGUUCAUGGGGAACACAACGAGAUGGGUCGUCUCAAAGCUGCUAUCAUUCGAGAAUACGAAGAUAAGGUAGAGUAUUUUGAAUGCUUUUAUGUACGAUGAAUUGCAUAAACUUCAGUACAUAAUAAUCAACGUUGACAUAUGUUAAGCAAAAGCAUAAUGUUUAUCGCCUGUAUUUUAAAAGCUCACUCAAACUCAAAGAGUGGAGGUUCAAUCUGAGCUUCCCUUGAGUGUCAAUGCAGGUUUUGAAUAGCUGGAUGGUUAGUGUCAUACCUUACUAUGUGACUACUAACCUUCCAGCUAUUCAAAAACAGCAUUGACACUUAAGGGAAGCUCAGAUUGAACCUCCACUCUUUGAGUGUGAAUGAGCUUUCAGAAUACAGGCAUAUGUCGGCAAUUUACAAUUAGCAUAUAUUAUAGUUAAUAAGUUUAGAAUUAUUACUUAGGUGUGUCAUGUAAGUUUCUCGAAGAAGUUUUGUUCACGUAGAACGUAGAACGUAGACAGUUUCCUUAAAUAAAGGUGACGCUUUUCUUCCUAACAACAGCAACUGGACCACUUGGAUGGGACGUGAUUUUGAUACGUUCCUUGUCAAUUCUCUUGCAGAAGAACGUCAAAAUUUCCAGAUCGCCUGCUUCAGUGUAGCACAGCAGGAAGUAGGAAUUGUCUUUCUCGACAUAGGUUAAAACGAUUAUUUUACGAAUGACGUAGUGAUACGCUACUCCAUAGAUCUCGUGACCUUCUGGUAGUUGUACUGUCGACUUCAGAUUUCUUUUCUCGGAGAAUGUGACCAUAGCCUUGCGAUUGGCUGAUGAUGUGACGAUUUUACCCUGCUCGGAAAUACCCAAGCUGGGUAGCCGACUUGAGUCAUGUUCAGACUUGUGUUGCAACUUCCCAGUGUUGUCACAUAUAUACACGUGGGGAUCUUCGUCUUUGAUCAUGAUGAUAUUAUUGCUUUUGUUUAUAGCGAUGUUCACAAAACAAAAAAUAGUAAGAUUUGCCUGGAUAAAAUCCAAGCUGCAUGAGUCGUGUUUUGCGUGGUAGUUCUCGUCUAAUACAUGCAACACGAAAUUUGUCACAUCGCCGUUUUCCGUACGUGUUUUAAGCAGUGCAACAACGUAAAUAUUGUUAUUGUUAUCAACAGCGAGUCCUUGAAUAUAUUGCAAGAUAACUUUACCUUCUCUGGGGUCUGGUAAUUUAACCAUCUUGCAUUCACCUGUCUUGGAAGAAAUAACCUGUAUCUCGUCAACAUAGCGAUAACGAAGGGUAAUAACGUCGCCAUGACCGUUCACAGCACAUACAAACGGAUAAAUUUCUUCAUCAACUAGUAUCCGUCCACCAGGAUAUCGGGUCAGUUCUUUCCCCAUGGACUUUUUUGUCGCAACUUCCUGCCAAUCUGCUAUUGGGGAAAAACCGCGAUCGGGAAGUUGGAUUGUUGGCAUGCUGACGAGCAACUCAAACCAACACUUGCUACUGAAUUUCGACGCAUAUUCAAAUAACAUGUAAUUAAUCAGCAUUACUGAUUUCACGUUCUCGACUCGUUCGCUCUUAUUCAACAUCGACUUUAUUCCUCCGUUGAAGUACACCGAGAAUAUCUCUUGGAUUGCGGGUAAGCUAUGGAACUUUUUCAAAAAUGACAGACAUCCUGUUAUUGCGAUUUCAGGACGAUCAAGACGUUCCAGCAUCUCGGACACUAUUCGUAGCUUUGCGGCGAAGAUCCUAUCUUUGAGAACUAAUGUUUCAGUGGAGAAAGCAUCGGUUGCUCUCUUACGGGCAUCUUUGAAUCGCUUUUUAGCGGAUUCAUACUCGUCAUCUGAGCUACAUUUUAGCUUUCCCGUGGCUUGAGAAAGUUCGAUAGCUUCGCUUAAGAUCCCAGACUGACCACAACUCGGCAUUGUUGAUGUCUCGCCUCGAUCAUCUUGAGUUUCAUUCGUCAAAGCUUUCUGGUCGAGCUUUGAGUUUUGAAGAGAAACAUUGAGGAAAUCCACACCUUCCUGUAGGAAAUUGUAGCUGCUGAGAAGAUCUUUAUGUGAACGACCAUCGAGCUUCGUUUUGAUGUCGUUCAACUCUUGUACGACAAUCUCUGUAACAUCGCCGUCCUUCAGCUUAGCCGCAGUCGAGUCGCGAGCCUUGUUCCACAACAAACCCACGGUUGAACUUAGAAUACUCGUCACGAUUGAAGACAUAUUGAACUGCUAUUCUCAAACAACAAAGCGAUACUGAACUUAAACUAAAUAGACAAUAUGCCCAAGCACAUUUACUCACGAAAGAUAAUCAACUAUACUGUAAAAUUUCCAAGUAUAAUAUGAAUAUAUGGUCUAUAUGAUGUAAUUACCUGUAGGCUGUGGUGUGUUUUUCCUGUCACUUGACAAGAACUUAAUCGUUAUCUGUAGGCGGAGAGUAUUGAAAAUGUUCGGGUAUUUUUAGUUCUUUGUUAUUUGUUUGAAAGAACUUUUGUGUUAUCGAACUUUAUGGUUUGUUAUAAUAUUUGUGGUAUGUUUUUCUUGCCUCUUGACAGUAACUUAGAUAGAUAGAACGUUUAAUUGAAUCAAUAUUUACAAUCUUGUGAACUGGAUUACUAUUGAAUUUAAAAUAUAUGAAUAUAUAUGUUUAUAAAUAUAUGUUUGUACCUAUAUAUGUUUACAUAUUAUAAUUUAAAUAGACGUUGUCUCUAAUAAAAAGUCUAAAAUCUAAAUGUAAAUGUAUGUUCAUAACUAGUUAAAAUAUUAAUGAUCUGAAAUUACCUACAAGGUUGCAUUACGUGCGCAAUAUGGAAUAAAGGAAUUACUAAAUCUUGUGACGCAUUUGCCAGGCGGGAUAUGGGCAGUGUUUACAUGAUAAUGGUUACGUCGAAAUAUUUUGAAAAUUAAGCAAGAUAUAAACAGUCUGUACUAGAGUUUAAUAUAUAGGUUUAAGAGUUCUUUCAAAUCAACCUAACUAAUUUUUAUUGCCAAUGUCCUUUAAAAACUAUAAUAUGCAUCAAUAGUUCUAUUUUACUGUUAUAACGUUUUGACUGUUUCGUUUUAAUGUACAAUUUGGUUUGGCGCUGAGAUGUUCGGAGCUAUGAUGUUGGUUCGGAGAUAGUUGUGAACUACUGAGUAAUUGUGUCUCCGUGUGCUUAUUAAACAUUUCCAAUCUUGUAUGAUCCAAUGCAAUGUGAUACGACAUUUAUCAUUUAUAGACCUUCCGCACGGGGGAUUUGGCGAAAUAUUACCAUCAGUGAUGUGAUAUUGUCACUGACGACGGUAAUAUUUCGCCGAAUCCCUCGAGCGGAGGGCAUAUAAAUGAUAUAUUCUACCGAGAAUUCAAAGCAUCCAAGUUGAGAAUAUAAAAACUUGGCCUCAUUUUAUUUUUUUAUUAACGCAAGUGUUUGUUUCGGGUCACAUAUCGUUUGGAAUAUUGAUGAUAACAUUUCAAGAUUUGCUUCAUAAUUUAAAAAAUAACUUUCUUUGAAGUUUGAAAACUUAAUAAUUCAUCAUUCUUUACUAUAUUUUGUCAUCCAUCUUGUUUGCGUGAUUGCCGCGCGUGGUUUACGCGAACAUAGCGUGUGAUAUGAUCAAAUCACGCGCUGCGUCAAAUACGAUGACGUAAGGCGUGAUUCAAUGAUAAACUCUCACGAUAAUGAUAAAUGCUCACGUGGCACAAACUUAGCUUUCUGAUUGGACACUUUGAAUUUGAGGUAUAAAAUUUCAAGAAGAAUGAUGCGCGAAGCUUUUUUCUGGUUCGAUUCAAUAAUGUCGGACUGGUUUUUGGUUACUGCUGAGCACACUGUGAAGUGUACUCAAUACGAGACCCGAUAUCGCUUAAACCUUUUUCAACUGCCGCAAAGCGUAGAAUCUUGAAGUAAUAUUUCAAAUCCGACUAUGAGGACUGGACUAGAUUUCAAGUCUGCGCAAUUUGACCAUGUCCAAGGCGAAGUCGAGCACUGGAUCAAAAUGCGAGGAGUUGAAAUCUAGUCGAGUCUUGAGUUGGAGGAUUUGAAAUAACAUCUCACACGAAUAAAUCACCCAGGUGAUCUCGUGUUCGUAUUUUAGCCAAUCAGCGCUCAGAGAGGGUUGCCGAAUAGAAAUCCAUUUUGAUGUAUUCAGUCAAUUAUAUCUUUCGUUAUUCUUUAUGAAACUAGUUGAAAUUUUGUAAUUAUGUUUGGUUAUGAGAACUAUAGCUCUGACAAAAAUAUGGAAUCGAAAUAAAGUAUAUUACAGGAGAUAUUCAGUUGUUUUAAUCAUAAAAUGGAUUUCUAUUUGACAACUAGUGCCAGUACUUUUCUGCGUAUCAAGAUUACCUGGACUACUUAAUUAUUUUCGAUCCAGUCCUAGGACAGCUAGAUCAAUAUACUUCAUCAGGUAUUCAGUAUUAUCAUGUGAGCAAAAUAAAGUAAUAUGGUUGGCCAAUUUACUCAUGAAUUAUUAAUGAGUUUGAGAUUGUGCUUUCUUAGGCUCCAGUUACACGAUACCGGAUUCGCAUUGGAGCGACAUCAAAUUUUCCUGCUUCGAGGUGAAUUUGGCACUUGAAAUUAUGAUAAUAUAACAUAAUAAAACAAAAGCUUCAAAUAUGAAAAGUUGUUAUAGCAGACAAGACUGGAAAACACCUUAAAUUGUUGUCGCUCCGAUACGAAUCUGGUAACUGGGGCUUUAAGCCUGUUUUCCACUUCAAUCGUACCGAAGCGUAGCGUAUUUCUUUGUUUCCUGAGCACUAGAGUAGAACUAAUGACUGCAACACAAAAGAAAAUUCUACGGUACGUUACCGCUUGAAGUGGAAAACAGGCUUAAGUCACGUAGUCCACGUCGUCAGUCCAGGAUAGAUCAUCUCUCGGUAUUACACCAAGCAUUUUACACCAAAGGAUAAAUACUGUUUUUAUUGCAUAUAUAGGGCACUCAUAUUGAUGUGUAUAAUCCCGCAAACUGUCAGAGUGUCGAGCUGUACUUCAGGGGAGAAAAGAUGGCUAAGGUACUGGAUAUUUUUUAAAUAUUAGCCGGUUUAGUAACUGAACUCAAUAUAUGUAACUGGCACGAGAACAUUCAGUCAUUUGGAUGAAAUAGACAGCAGUGGAAUUUUCAAAACAAUGAAGAGACAAUAGAACAUUCUGAUUACUGGAUUAUGACUGGAUGGCAUGGAGAACAGUGGGAUUUUCAAAACAAUGAAAAGACAAUGGAACAUUCUGAUUACUGGAUCGUGACUGGAUGACAUGGAGAACGGUGGGAUUUUCAAAACAAUGAAAAGACAAUGGAACAUUCUGAUUACUGGAUCAUGACUGGAUGGUAUGGAGAACAGUGGGAUUUUCAAAACAAUGAAAAGACAAUGGAACAUUUUGAUUACUGGAUCGUGACUGGAUGACAUGGAGAACAGUGGGAUUUUCAAAACAAUGAAAAGACAAUGGAACAUUUUGAUUACUGGAUCGUGACUGGAUGACAUGGAGAACGGUGGGAUUUUCAAAACAAUAAAAAGACAAUGGAACAUUCUGAUUACUGGAUCGUGACUGGAUGACAUAGAGAACGGUGGGAUUUUCAAAACAAUGAAAAGACAAUGGAACAUUCUGAUUACUGGAUCGUGACUGGAUGACAUGGAGAACGGUGGGAUUUUCAAAACAAUGAAAAGACAAUGGAACAUUCUGAUUACUGGAUCAUGACUGGAUGACAUGGAGAACGGUGGGAUUUUCAAAACAAUGAAAAGACAAUGGAACAUUCUGAUUACUGGAUCGUGACUGGAUGGCAUGGAGAACAGUGGCAUUUUCAAAACAAUGAAAAGACAAUGGAACAUUCUGAUCACUGGAUCAUGACUGGAUGGCAUGGAGAACAGUGGGAUUUUCAAAGCAAUGAAAAGACAAUGGAACAUUCUGAUCACUGGAUCAUGACUGGAUGACAUGAAGAACAGUGGGAUUUUCAAAACAAUGAAAAGACAACGAAACAUUCUGAUCUCUGGAUCAUGACUGGAUGAGAACAGUGGGAUUCACAAUGCUUGUAUUCUUACAGGAGGAAUUUCUUCUCAGUGGUCCUACGGACACGCUUGGAAUGUUUGUGACGUCACAGGGCACGUCACUCAGACCUCCACUAAGCUGGACUGAUGGUCUCAUUACCCUAGGGUAUUCUUUCCCGUAUGUAGUGGCAGUUGGCCGGGGAACGAUUACCGUAUAUAGGUAGGUAUGAAAGAUCUCAUGUUACUAUACUUGCCAUGUUUUUGAAAAAAAAAACACAAAUUAAAUAUAAAGUUUAUUUUUUAUAUUUUUAGUAUUCUAGAAUCGGACAAAAAUUCUAUAAAACAAGUGAUACCUUUCCAGGUAUGUAUUGAAAUUCUGUCGAAAAAACUAGCACAAAUAUUGAAAUCUGGAUGAGAACUUCGAUCUUCUUCAACCUCACCGUACACAAAAUGAGAAUAAUUACGAGUGACAAUACGCCAGGGAAUCAUAUUCCAAUCAUGAAAACGAGAUCACAGCGUGUAAGGCGACGUAAAAAUGUCUUUUCGUUAAAUUUCAGGCUGGUUGUCUCACGUGCAAUGCUGAAAACAAAGUGUUUGUGUGUUCACCAAGAGCUGUGUUCUGUCUUGUCCAGGUUCCUUUUAAAAGACAGGUGAAAAAAAUUCGAAAUUUAAUGGUCUGAUUCAAGGCUAGUUUCCACUCAGGAAAAUUAUCCGUGGAUUGGAACGGACAAGAAAAUUUUUCUUUGUGUUAAAGUCAUUAGUUCCUACCCGGAGCUCACAAGACAAAGAAAAAUUUUCUUGUCCGUUCCAAUCCACGGAUAAUUUUCCUGAGUGGAAACUAGCCUUUAGACUAGAGAUUAAUGAUCCCGGCUGCACGAACUUCGGCAAAGGAUUAUCUUUGCGUGAAAAUCAGACGAAUUAUCAGAAAAGAUUUUAUAACAAAAGUAAUCUUUCUUUGUCCUUUUGUUCACUCCAGAUCAGUAUGCUGAUGGAAAUGAGAAAAGUUGAAGAAGCCUUGGAGCUGGCUAAGGUUGCCAUGCAGACUGAGCUGGGAAGCUCCAGAGACGAACAAGUACGUGUUGUCUACUCUCGAGGCCUGGGUACAAUAGAGGAUAAUUGA